GAACACAAAAUUGUUUCAGAAAGCAGGAGCCUAAAUGGCUGUGGAAGUUUCAUAGGGUAUCCAAACACACCGUUUUUAAGUACUGUCUCCGACAAACGUUGCUGCAAGAUGAUGUGGAUCUUGGUGAUAUUACUCCGCUAUUUCCGAUGGUUUAUUGAUGUCACCUCCGACAUCAUUUACCAAUGGCUUUACGAAGAUCAAAAGCAACUUUUGCCACCAUUUAAGAAUGACAUCACUCUUAUGCCAGCCACAGAAUUGGCUACCAAGAUCCGGAAUCGGCAACUCAAGUGUAUUGAUGUGAUUGAAGCUUACAUCCAGAGGAUCCAAGCUGUGAAUCCCAUCGUCAAUUGUCUAGUAGAUACCAGAUUUAAUGAGGCCCGGAUUGAGGCCCAAAGCGUGGACGACCUCUUGGACAAUCCUCAAACCAGUCGUGAGGAAAUCGCUUUGUCUCAACCCUUCUUGGGCGUUCCAUUUACCACCAAAGAUUGCUUUGCUGUCAAAGGUCUAAGUUGGACCGUGGGUUUGUUGGAACGCAAGGGUCAGACGGCUUCAUUGGACGCCGACACUGUGCAAAACAUGAAAGAGGCCGGAGCCAUUGCUAUGGGGGUUUCCAAUGUAUCAGAACUUUGCAUGUGGUACGAAUCGGCAAAUAAUGUCUACGGGCGGUCAAACAAUCCCUAUCACACCGGCCGCAUGGUGGGUGGAUCUUCGGGGGGAGAAGCGUGUGCUAUUUCUUCGGGGUGUUCCAUUUUUGGCAUCGGUUCAGAUGUUGGCGGUUCCAUUCGGAUGCCCGCUUUCUUCAAUGGAAUAUUUGGACAUAAACCCUCUACUGGCAUUGUGUCAAAUUAUGGUCAAUUACCACAAGCUCAGGGCGUUAUCAACACGUUCUUAUCGACUGGCCCAUUGUGUCGAUAUGCUCAAGACCUUAUGCCCAUGUUCAAAGUCUUGGCCGGACCGAAACAGAGUCUCGAGUUGGAAUUAGAUAAACCAGUAGACAUCAGGAAACUGAAAAUCUUCUACAUGGUCGAUGAUGGCGGCCAUCCUCUAAUCACACCCGUGGAUUCAGAGAUGAGGAAAGCACAAAUGAAUCUCGUCCAUAAGUUAGAACAAGACCACGGACUCCAAAGCCAUGAGGUCAAAUUGAAGGGGUUAUACCACUCGGCCCAGAUCUGGUCGAACAAGAUGUCCUCUGAGCCAACAGCCCUUUCGUUUGCCCAAGAAUUGAAGCAGGGCAAUGGCGCUAUCAAUCCUUAUUGGGAAUUUCUGAAGUGGAUGUGCUUCAAGAACUCGGAUCACACUUUACCAGCAUUGGGUUUGGCUAUGCUUGACCCGUUUGUGGGUCCCCAUCAGCGUGACCAUAAGCUGUUCUUAGAAAGAUAUGAAUCCCUCAAAGCCGAAUUAGAGGCAUUGCUUGGAGAUGAUGGCAUCCUUCUGUACCCAUCACAUCCAACUUCUGCCCCUUAUCAUGGACAAGCUAUUUUAAGAACCUUCAAUUUCGGUUACACGGCCAUCUUUAAUGUUCUUGGUAAUCCAGUCACGCAAUGCCCAUUAGGAUUGAGCUCAAAAGGCUUGCCUUUAGGCACUCAAAUCGUGGGCCCCAUUAACAAAGAUCGAAACACUCUAGCAUUGGCACAAUUGAUUGAAAAGUCCUUUGGAGGCUGGGUCAAUCCGUGUUGAUAGUUUCCCAAUAAAAAUAUUUGCUGUUUUGUGCUA